AUGUCUUCCUUAACCGCGGAGGAGUUUCUGAAAUAUAUCAAGGCUUUCAAUAGCAGAGAUUUCAAAACGCAGCAUUCUUUCUAUCAUCCCGAGGUCGAACUAUUGCUUCCAGCGGAGGAAAAGGAACCCGUGCUCAAGGGGUCAGACGGUAUCUUCAACCACUAUGCCCGGAUUUUCAGUUAUUACAACGAGCACCUAAUACCUAUCGAAAUCAUGGCAAAUGGUCGUCGCCUGUUCUUCGUUAUGGAGACUCUGUUCCAAGCAGCCAACCCCAUUUCGAAUGGCAUUGCGAAAAGAGCAUGGGAACCAGGGGACCUUGGAAGAAUGACAGUCUGGGCAUUGUAUGACCUAGAAGAUGGAAAGAUGAAGAAGAUAGUAUGCAAUCAGGAAAAAUUCGAAUGGUUUGGCAAGUCCAAGUCGUUUGAACAGGCGUUGGAAGAGAGCCAGAGCAGGACAGCGCCAGAAUUCAGGAUCUAA